UACGCAUAGUCCUUGCUAUUGAGAGUCGUGAUCUCGGAAAUUUUUCGAAGAAAGUUUUACUUUUACUGAUAUAUGAAGGGGUUACCCAUAUAAUUAGUGCAACAUAUGAAACGUCAGAUAUUAAGAAGAAGAGAAUAGAGACAGGCUAUCAAACAGGCAGAACAAAGGUGGUACUUCCUACUAUUCUUGAUUCAACAUAAUGACAGUGACAGUACUUGGAGGUGGCAUCAGUGGAUUGGCAGCCGCUCAUUACCUGCGGACCAUCAACCCCUCCUCUAGGAUUGUAGUUCUGGAAGCUUCACAUAGGUUGGGAGGCUGGAUUGAUUCUACCAAGCACAAUGAUGGUGUUGUGUAUGAAGGAGGACCAAGGACACUUAGAGUGGUUGGUAAUGCAGGAGCCAACACUUUAGCCUUAGCAGAGAGUCUUGGUCUACGAGAUAAGGUUCGCAGUGUCCGUUAUGGAGAGCCAUCUGCUAAGAACAGGAUGAUUAAAGUCAAUGGGUCCUUACACAAAUUACCAAACAGCCUGAAGACAGCCCUAACAAAGAUUCCUCCCUUCUCAAAGCCAUUAGCUCUAAGUGCAAUUAGUGAUUUGCGAGCAAAAAAAGUUCUUUCAGAUGAUGAAAGUCUCUUCAGUUUUGUCAACAGGCGUUUUGGCCCAGAUGUUGCAAAAUAUGCAAUUGAUCCUUUAGCAAGGGGUGUCUUUGCUGGUAAUGCUCGAGACCUUAGUGUCAAGGCACUUGCCAAAAGAAUGCACGAAGUUGAACAGAAACAUGGCUCUGUGCUAAAGGGCUUCAUUAAAGACAGGAAGAAUGCAGAGAAACCAGACCCUGGGCUGGCAAAGUGUGACCUAGUCCAGCAAGCAAGAAAAGAAAAAUGGGCCGUUUGGUCUCUUCAGGAUGGCUUAGAGACAUUAGUGAAGACUCUAGCAGAGAGUCUUGAACAGGAUGGUGUUGAGAUUAGAAGGAACACUCCAGUCUUAGGAAUUCAGGGUAAUCAGAGGCAUCUUGUAGUGCAGACAAAUGGUGAAGAAAUACAUACUGAGAGGGUUAUAUCUUGUCUUCCUGCAAAUCAUUUAAGCCAAGUGGUGAGUGAUCUUGAUACGGACUUAAGCAUCAUACUAAGUAGGAUACCAUUUGUUACAGUAGCUGUUGUAACACUUGAAUAUACAGGGGAUAGACUAAAUGAACAAGCAUUUGGGUAUCUUGUGCCUUCCACAGAACCCAGUAAGGUUCUUGGCGUAAUUUUUGACACAUGCACAUUCUCACAAGGUGACAGAACCAUAUUAACUGUAAUGAUGGGAGGAUAUUGGUUCAAACAGUAUUUUGGAGAGAGCCCAACACCAGAGAGCUUCUUGGAUGUUGCCCUCAAAGAAGUGGAAUCAGUGCUUAAGAUAAAAGAAGCACCAGUGCGACAUAAUGUCAACAUUCUAAAAGACUGUAUACCACAAUACAUUGUAGGACAUUCUGAGAUGGUAAUCAAUGCAAGGAAAUUGAUAAGACACUCAAAAAUCCCACUGGUAUUGGCAGGGAAUUCAUAUGAUGGUGUAGGAGUAAAUGAUGCCGUAAUGAGUGCAAAAAAAGCUGUAUUACAGUAGAAAGAAACAAGUAUCUAUAAAAAACAUGUUUUCGUAUUUUUCAUUUUCUUUUUUGAUGCUGUGCUUUAAAUAAUAUUAGGACAUUCUUCUAUUCCUAAAUUUACACCUGUAUCGAUAAUGACACAAGACUGCUCAUAUAAAAAAUUAUUAGCAAUGAAAUUAGGUGUUUUUUAUUUGUUAAUUUACAUAUUCAAGCUGAAUAAUAAUUUUAUAAAGUCUAGAAAACAUACAGGUGUUCAUGAUUUAAUGAAAAUUUGACAACAAAGGAAUUAAUGAGUUUCAUCUAAUUUUCCCAAAAUAUAAACAAUUUAAUAAACUUUGAAGUAACAUUGAAAGAUCCAUCACAAAAUAUUUUGCCAAAAUGAUUUAUCAAGCUGAAAAAUUCUGCCUAAAAUUGAAUUAUUAGCCACUGUAUAUAUUUUUUCUAGUACCAGGACUGCUUGAUCUAAUUAUCAGGUUAAACAACUUACAUAAUUAAAGGUGAAUGCCUCUGAAAUUCAUUUUUUUUUUUAAUAAAGGUAAUUUCACAUCCCACUUACAUUAAAUACAAUACACACACUUUUAACAUCAUUUAAAGUUGUGUUUGAGAAAUACCUUGAUCUGUAUUUAUAAUCUAUUAGGCUUUUACUUAUUUAUUAUGAAAACUGCAGUGUUAUUUACAUAUUUUUCCCUAUUAUGAACCUGUCUGUCAGAUUUUUUUCAUGAAGUCAUCUUGUAAUGUUCUAUUUACUUGUCUAUUUGUCUAUAUACUUACAUGCAGUUUAUAUUUAUAUUUUUCUUGUAUAUUUGAAACCAAUAAAAUAUAUGAUAUUUGAUUAUAAAGUGUACUUUUUAUAUAUCACUCGGAAAUGUUAGUCAAUGAAAGUACAUACUAAAAUUAUAAUUUUUAUUACAGAAUAUACAUAUUCCUUUAUAACUUCAUUAAACAUUAUGCUAUUACUUUAUAAAUGAAUGCAACAGAUGAUAUAAAGACAUGUCACAUUAGACAGUGAUAGUACUUCUCAUAAUAUCUUCAAUCAAAUUAAAGAUGUGAAUAGUAAAUCUAAGUAAAUCUGUCAUCUAUGGAAUGUAUAUGUGGUGUAAAUAGAGAAACCUCUGAGGUUUAUGUACCAACAUGAUAUGGACUUGCAGAUGGUUGGUGCCACCUGUCACUGAUUUAUUGUAAGUACAUUUAUGGAUAGUUUUAAAUGGAUAUGACAUAAUUCAGUGGUCUUUAAACCCUUGGAUAAAUGAGUAAUAAGUGUAGAAAUAAUUCUUUGGGUAAGGGCCAUGACAAGUAAAUGUGCCUACUUUUUAGGGGGUGGGUGCAUAAUACCGAGGUGAAUCUGUUAAUAUACAUGGAUUGAUGAAUAUGUUUCUGAUUUCAAAAUAGUACAAACAAAGAUGUAGCUAUCCAAAGGCUCAGGUUAGCAACCCUUAUAGAACUAUACAUCUGUACAUCAUUUCAACCUCCUGAAAAUAUAACAAAGAAAAUAGACAACCAUAGCUAUUACCACUUAUUUAACAGAUUUGCUCAUACAAAAAGCAAAUUGAAUUACUUCUUUCUUUACUAUUUCCUUCAAGAAAUUGUGAAGCAGACUAAGGCAUACUAACUGCUUCCAAUACAGAAGCUUACACCUCAGAUGUAAGUCAUAACAUAUAUCACAUGAGAACCAUACAGUUAUCACAUUUAUUUAUGGAGAAAUAUCAUGGAAAAAUCCUACAGGGAGAUUAAGCAUUGUGUAAUUUAGUAGGGUAUGAUGUCCAGUACUUGGUAAUUGAACUUGAUAAAACACUCCUGAUCCCAAUAAAAGCCAUACUAACCAAAAGGAACUGUUUAGAGGAACAGCGUGCUUACUAUUCAGACAAUGAAGAGGUGACAAAUAUAUGACAAACUUAUAGAUCCGCUAUGAGUAGAAAUAUGGACUCCUAACUGUACUAAAAUAUAAUAAUGCAUUUCUUAUAAAUAUCACCUCAUUAAGUUACAAUAAAAUGGUUUAUGUUUUUUCCCACAUAGAUUACUCUCCCUUUCAUGAGAUCAAACAACCACAGUAUCUUAACACAGGGUAUGGAAUAUAGAUUUUUUAGAUAAACAAAACUGGCAUCACAUCAACUGCAUACACCACCAUUAUUCUUACAACCUCUGAUCUUUUGAAAAAAUAACAAAGCCCUCAGAUUAAGUGUGAUACUUAUUAAAAGUUAAACCAUAUUAUACAAAAAAAACAAAACAAAAAAAAAAAACUUUAAAUAUUGUACUGAUCUAUGUAAAAAAUUCAGGUCGGGUUGAUAAAGCAAGUGCUUUCAAAUGACAUACCAACUUUUUAAAUCACAACCAUUUGUUUUUAAAAUUAUUUUAAAUGAAAAUGAUAGUAAUCUAAGGAACUGAUUCACUCUACACAACUGUCAGAUGACAGCACCUGAGCAUAUGACACCAACUAAGUUAAUCUUCAAAAACUUCCAUUUGGAAAAUAAUAAAAGACAGACGGGAAACAAGAAAAAUGCAUGCACACAUACUGUUCCCUGGGAUGUGGUUUUCAAAUCAUAGAUAUAGAACUAGGCUUAUUAGGUCAACUUUGGUAUUCAAAAUAUUUAAAAAAAAAAAAAAAAUUACAUGAUCCAUUAACCCUUUGAUGAUGGAAGGGCAUGUGAGCAAGGCAUAUAUAUGUGCCAAUAUGCCCUGUCCACGGUGAUUUGGAUUUGCUAGUUUUGUUUACACUUAACUGGCCCUACAAGUGCUUGGUUACCAAUUUU